CUCUGGCUGUAUAAAUGUCUGUGCCACUGCGCCCAUUUCUUUGCUUCUUCUUUUUCAUCCUCUGCUCUGCUCUUCUUCUCACACACUUUCAGUCGCUGUGGGGGUUUUCUUUGCUCGGGCGCAAAUGGACAACGCGACGUCGCCCGCUUCGUCUUCCUCGACUGUCAAGUGCUCCAUCUGCAUGGACGACGUCUCCGAUGACUGUGGCCGUACUGUCGUCAGGCUUCGCUGCUCUCACUCGUUUCAUCUCGAUUGCAUCGGUUCUGCAUUCAAUGUAAAAGGUGUCAUGGAAUGCCCGAAUUGCCGUGAGAUUGAGAAUGGUGUAUGGAGGUGUUUUGAGAAUGGUAGCCCUGAGCCUGACUUAUAUGAGGGGAUGGAUGAGGAGCUUGUGGAUUUCAUUGACAUGGGAAAUGGAACUUUUGUACGUCACUAUAUUUGGGAAACAAGGUUACCGUCACCUGGCUAUGAGAAUUUCGUUGACCCCUAUGCCGUCUUUGCUGGUAAUCCUAAUACCAGUCAUCAAUUGAAUGGCCCUCCUGUACACAGUGGGGUAUUUGCUUCCCGGGUUAACUGGAGAUGUGAUCCUUUCAUAUGUGAUACCUGUAUCAAUUCGUUUUCAAGGGGUGACCAUAGCAGUGGUGCUAAUUGGGCUUCAGUGAGAUCUGCAACCUUGAGUGCUGGGCUUGAUUUUCAUGCUAUGCCAAAUGAACCAUUUGUUCCUCGAAUCGUUGAGCGUGGGAUGUGUGUUCAAACUGCUACUGAAUCUCCAUUUGGUUUGGGUUAUCAAGGAAGCAAUGAUCCAGUUUAUUCCAACUUACGAAGGAUGCAGCAGACACCAACCAAUUCCUCUUCAUCUGCUGCGGACGCUUACAUGAGAAUAUCAAAUGGAUUGAGGGGCUGGUUUCCAGCAGAGUACACAGCACCUUCGCUAGUUGAACAGACUGGGAACUCCUUUUCAUGGUCUGUGAACCUCAACUAUAACCUGUCAGAAGCAGCAACUCACAGUCAUCACCAUGUCCAGGAAAGAAAUGCGGUCGAACCUCUCCAACUAUUUCCUGAAGACACUGGUUCACUGCUCCCGGACAUUAAUGAGUAAGCUUGAUAGCAGGCUGAACUGAAAUGUCCGUGAAAGGCAAAAAAAAGCUAAGUUGCUAGCCUUGAAUAAUUAUUACCGCAGGUGCAAAAUGUUCUUCCUAUGAAAAGCAUAAACUUCGAGGAUGAGAAACCAUAACUGCAAAACUUGAGGCUAUGAAGGUGUUAGUUUCAGGCCUAGAAAUGUAUGGCUGGUUAGUUGAUGCCAUAUGGUAUGGACUAAAUUUGUUUUAUGCAACCAAC